CCCACUAUAUAUCCCUAGGACCGAUGGACCAGCGAGACACUCAUGUAAACCGUUUUGUGUGGAUUUGUGCGUUGAAUUUUCUGCGGAGACGCCGACGUAAAACUACCGAAGCAUCAGGGAGUCUCGCACGAAAGGAGGAUGAUGUUGGGCUGGAAGGUGUGGUUGCUGGGCCUGCUGGCCGCCCAGAUUGCACAGGGUCAGUUGCUCUUCCAAGACGAAGUGGAAGAGCUCUCCCGAUCCGUAAACGAACUCCAGCUUUUUAAAGAAACCAAGAGACCUCAACGAGAGGAACACCAUCACACACACAUUUCGCGCCUCGAUGUUUCCUGCUCGAGCAGCGAUAUUAAAGUGAACUUGGAUUUCGACGCGCCUUUCCACGGCGUGGUCUUCAGCAAGGGUUUCUACAAUGACCCCAGAUGCCGUUAUGUGCAGGAGAAUACUGGCCGCAGCUCUUUUGAGUUUACAAUUCCGACCGACGGUUGCGGAACCACGAAAGGGGCGACCGUCGAUAACGUAAUUGUUAUUCAGACGGACGGCGUCGUCCAAGAGAUCUGGGACACGGCUCGAAAACUGUCCUGCGCCACAGUAGCGUCUGCCGUUAAGCAGAAGAAAGUUAUUUUCAAGCCUUUUGUCGUGGACAUGCUUGAGGUCGUUUCAGUGCCCACCGCUAGCGGAAAAGCCGUAGACUGCUGGAUGGACAUCCGCAAGGGACAAUAUCCCAAUACGGCCGAGUUGGAAGAUAAUAUCAAAAUAGGAGAAAGUUUGACUGUUCUUGUCUAUCUGAAAGACGAAUCAAAUCAAUAUGAUUUGCGAGUUAGAGACUGUUGGGCCUACGACAGCGAUCAGUAUGACGCACUUGAUACGUCAAGUUUGCAGCUUUCAGAUUCUGAAGGAUGCCCAAAGCGUCACAAAUUCAUCCACUUCUGGCAAAAGACCUCUGAAGGCGAUACCCUCAUUGCCUACAACAAUCUCACUGCCUUCAAAUUCCCCGACAGGGCACAAGUUUAUUUGACGUGCAAUAUUGAAAUUUGCUCCGGAGGAUGUGAUGGUAGUUGUUCGUCGAGCAAUGAAGUGCCUGUGAUCGCGACAACACCGCAGCCUUGCUAUCCUGGGUCACCCAACCCCCGGUGCAAUUCAGUUUCAACAACCGUCCAGUUCACAACCAGGCCCACAACUGCAAGACCUACAACAGUGAGACCCACGACCGUGUUCACAUGCACGCCUGGAUCCACUGACCCUAGGUGUCCUCCAAACUGCUACCCUGGAAGCAGAGACCCCAGAUGCCCAACCACUACCACCCAGAGGCCAACUACUCAGUUCCGAUGCACACCAGGAUCAACAGACCCUCGCUGCCCACCGAACUGCUACCCAGGAUCCAGAGAUCCUAGGUGCCCAACCACCACUACUCCUCGUCCAACAACCCAAAGACCAACCACUCAGUUCAGGUGCAGCCCAGGUUCGGUUGACCCUAGAUGCCCACCUAAUUGUUAUCCAGGUAGCGCUGAUCCCCGGUGUCCGACAACAACAACUCCCCGCCCAACAACGCAGUUUGUAUGCCAGCCUGGAUCGACGGACCCACGCUGCCCACCAAGCUGCUUCCCAGGAAGUAGAGACCCUAGGUGUCCAACCACCACUACACAAAGACCAACCACUCAGUUUAGGUGCACACCAGGAUCUAUUGAUCUUCGCUGUCCACCAAACUGCUUCCCAGGAAGCAGGGACGCCAGAUGCCCAACAACCACCACUCCUCGUCCAACAACGCAAUUCGUCUGCGCUCCUGGUUCGACAGAUCCCAGGUGCCCACCGAGCUGCUACCCUGGAUCAAGAGAUCCAAGAUGUCCGACAACUACAACCCCUCGCCCUACGACUCAAUUUGUCUGCACCCCUGGCUCUACAGACCAGAGGUGUCCACCAAAUUGUUACCCAGGAAGCAGAGAUCCCAGAUGCCCCACAACAACAACACCCCGCCCUACUACACAGAGGCCAACUACUCAGUUUAGGUGCACUCCUGGCUCUACUGAUACAAGGUGUCCCCCAAGCUGUUUCCCUGGCAGCAGCGAUCCUAGAUGUCCCACAACAACUACUCCUCGGCCUACAACUAGAUUCACUUGCACACCUGGUUCCACUGAUCCUCGGUGCCCUCCAAAUUGCUUCCCUGGAAGCAGAGAUUCCCGUUGUCCUACAACAACUGCUAGACCAAUCAUCACUACUACUAGAUUUGUUUGUGCUCCAGGAUCUACUGAUCCAAGAUGCCCCCCGAACUGCUAUCCUGGUUCCUCAGACCCUCGUUGCCCAAAACCCUCAACGCCUGCUCCCGAGUAUUUACCAGUUUGCGGGCCAAAUGACUUAAGCUGCAGACCUACAACAACUCCUCGGCCUACAACUCAAUUCGUGUGCACUCCAGGAUCAACAGACCCUCGCUGUCCACCAAACUGCUACCCAGGAAGCAGAGAUCAGAGGUGUCCGACAACCACAACACAAAGACCAACAACUCAAUUCAGGUGCACUCCUGGGUCAACCGAUCCUAGAUGUCCACCCAAUUGCUUCCCUGGCUCAAGAGAUUCAAGAUGUCCAACAACGACAACUCCCCGUCCUACAACCCAGUUCAGGUGUACCCCGGGUUUGGUUGACCCUAGAUGCCCACCUAAUUGUUACCCAGGCAGCGCAGAUCCCAGGUGUCCGACAACAACAACUCCUCGUCCUACAACACAAUUUGUGUGCCAGCCUGGAUCAACGGACCCGCGCUGUCCACCAAGCUGCUUCCCAGGAAGUAGAGACCCUAGAUGCCCAACGACCACCACUCAAAGACCAACCACCCAAUUCAGAUGUACACCUGGAUCAACAGAUCCUAGGUGUCCACCAAAUUGUUACCCCGGCAGUAGGGACCCAAGGUGCCCUACGACUACCACCCCUCGACCAACCACCACUACAAUCAGGACUACUACGCCAUUCCGUUGUACACCUGGCUCUACUGACCCACGAUGCCCACCAAGUUGCUUCCCAGGGAGCAGAGAUCCCAGAUGCCCAACGACAACAACACCUCGCCCUACAACCACCCAAAGACCCACGACUAGAUUUGUCUGCACGCCAGGCUCUGUUGACCCUCGCUGUCCCCCGAGCUGUUUCCCAGGAAGUAGUGACCCGAGAUGUCCCACAACCACCACUCCACGUAUAACAACGACUCGAUUUGUUUGCACUCAAGGCUCUACUGACCCGCGCUGCCCUCCUAAUUGCUACCCUGGCAGCGCCGACUCCAGGUGCCCGCGGCCAACGACUAUAAGACCAUCAACCCCUGCAGUCGAAUAUCUUCCCGUUACGACGACCACUCAAAGGACCACAACCCAAUUCCGAUGCACGCCAGGCUCAACGGAUCCCCGCUGCCCACCCAACUGUUUCCCAGGAAGCCGCGACCCAAGGUGCCCAACCACAACAACCGCACGGCCAACAACUCAGUUUGUUUGCACACCUGGCUCCACUGACCCGCGUUGCCCACCAAAUUGCUACCCAGGAUCAAGGGACCCGAGAUGCCCAACAACCACCACUCCUCGCCCAACUACUCAAUUUGUAUGCACGCCAGGAUCAACUGACCCUCGCUGCCCUCCUAACUGCUAUCCAGGAAGUAGGGAUCCCAGGUGCCCCACAACCACCACCCAAAGACCCACUACCCAAUUCCGUUGUACCCCUGGAUCCACCGAUCCACGGUGCCCACCAAACUGCUACCCUGGAAGUCAAGACCCUCGGUGCCCAACUACCACAACCCCAAGACCAACUACGCCGUUUGUUUGCACGCCAGGCUCCACCGACCCAAGAUGCCCACCAAAUUGCUACCCAGGAAGCCGAGAUCCUCGCUGCCCGACCACUACCACCCCUCGCCCCACAACACAAUUCGUCUGCACCCCUGGUUCCACAGACCCUAGGUGCCCUCCUAGUUGCUACCCAGGAAGCCGAGAUCCUAGAUGCCCAACCACAACCACCCCAAGACCAACCACUCAAUUCCGCUGCACCCCAGGAUCAACUGAUCCAAGAUGCCCACCAAAUUGCUACCCUGGAAGUCAAGACCCACGUUGCCCAACUACCACAACCCCAAGGCCAACUACGCAGUUUGUUUGCACGCCAGGUUCCACCGACCCAAGAUGUCCUCCAAAUUGCUACCCAGGAAGUCGAGAUCCCAGAUGCCCAACCACAACCACCCAAAGCCCGACUACUCAAUUUAGAUGCACGCCAGGAUCAACGGAUCCAAGGUGUCCCCCCAACUGCUACCCUGGCUCGGUAGAUCCUCGAUGCCCCAAACCCUCAACACCAGCUUCAGGUUACCUGCCUGCUUGCGGCGCUAACGAUCCUAGCUGCAGACCAACACCUGAAUUCACCACGCCAAGGCCAACACCUCGACCUACUACUCAAUUUGUUUGCACGCCAGGUUCGAAUGAUCCACGUUGCCCACCUAAUUGCUUUCCUGGAAGCAGAGACUCCCGCUGUCCAACCACAACAACUCCCCGACCCACAACCAGAUUUCUUUGCACACCGGGAUCAGUGGAUCCCCGAUGCCCACCAAAUUGUUUUCCCGGGAGCAUCGAUCCCAGAUGCCCUACUACAACAACUCAGCGCCCCACCACCAGAUUCGUUUGCACCCCUGACUCAACUGACCCACGCUGCCCACCAAACUGCUACCCCGGGAGCAGGGAUCCUAGAUGUCCGACUACAACCACUCCCCGUCCCACUACGCAAUUCGUUUGCACCCAAGGAUCAACCGAUCCACGCUGCCCUCCGAACUGCUAUCCUGGGAACAGGGAUCCGAGGUGUCCCACAACCACGACACCUCGUCCCACGACCCAAUUUGUCUGCACUCCUGGUUCAACCGACCCCAGGUGCCCACCGAAUUGUUACCCAGGGAGCCGAGAUCCGAGGUGUCCGACCACCACAACUCCUAGACCGACCACUCAGUUUGUCUGCACUCCUGGCUCCACUGAUCCACGCUGCCCACCUAACUGCUACCCGGGCAGUCGGGACCCUCGUUGCCCCACUACGACAACACAGCGGCCUACAACCCAAUUUGUUUGCACGCCAGGUUCAACGGACUUGAGGUGCCCUCCCAACUGUUACCCAGGGAGCGCUGACCCCCGGUGUCCUCGUCCACCAACUUCCCGACCCUCAACCCCCGCCCCUGGCUACCUUCCUGCAUGCGGUCCCAACGACCCUUCAUGCAAUCCUCCUUCACCCCCAGUGCAGGCUGACAUUCCUGAAGGUUGUUCCGUUAACCCUGUGGGAGGAGUGACCUGCUUGAAUGACGCCUCUGACCUUAACCCUUCCCUUGCCUUCCCUCCCAAAUGCUUCCCUGGCACCAACGACCCCAGGUGCCAAGAGAGCUCUCAACCAAAGCCCAAUGUAGUGCGACCUGCACCCUCCGGAGGACACAGCGGCAUCCCUGAAAACCACCCCUUUCAUAUGUGGCAAUUUGAGCGAAGAGAUUCUGGACACAAGAGACCAUUCGGCAAAAGGUCGAUCAGCAAGAGAGAGGUGAAAGACACAAGCCCUCAAAUUGUUUCGCUCACGAUGGGACUCAGAGGCCUUAAAUUUGAGGCUGAUCAAGUCAGAUCACAUUAAAAAUUAAAACAGAACUUAAUUGUAAUAAAAUAUAAAAAAUGGUUAGCGUUGAAGUAAAAUAAUAAAGCUUUCAUAUUUA